AUGGAGACUACAGCACCAACCGAUGAUCCAGUCAGUAUGUUAGAGGACAGUAAUCUUUCUAUGGAAUCAGUUGAAUCGGAAUCAAUCCAGUGUCCUGCUUCGAUUCCAACUUCUUCUGCUCCAGAUGGUGAAUCAACUACCGUUGAAAAUCAUGAAUCACGGGAUGGUGAAUCAAAUACCGUCGAAAAUCAUGAAUCUCGGGAUGGUGAAUCAACUGUAGUGGAAAACACUGGAAGUGCACAAUCAUCUGAAGUGUUGCCCCAUGUUCCUUCAACUCCACGAUCUCUAGCUAGGGUUAUUACCGCUGACGUCACUCAUAGACAGGUGGAAGUAAAGGACUUGAUAGAGUAUGAAUGGCCACUGAAAUCAGGCGAUAAAUAUUUCUUGCAGGAGCAAGUUGGUGACCUGUUGGAUAUAAAGUCCUUUUCACGGAAAUUCCCCGAAAUGAGCCGAAGGAAAGUUGAAAAAGUCGAACGGGACUGGUUGUGUGCUACUUACAACAUUCAUCAAAUAAUGAAUGAAACACAAUUGCGGGAUCUGUGUGCAAUGCGUUCCGUGGAAAUUCAUGAUUUGAUGGCUAGUGAAUACCCUGCAAUUUAUCAAGAGUUCCAAAAAGUCACUGCCGAACGUCUUAAGGCGUUAAUGGUCGAACAGGCUAAAGAGAUGGAGGCGAUAAAAAAUGAUGUGAAAAAGUUGGCAGAGUUGAGGGAGAAAGCUAUAAAAAGUGCUGUGGAAUUCAACAAAGAAUUGCAACAAACCAAGAAACUCGAACGUCAACACUACUGGGACGUCCAGACAUCGAUUAUUCAAUCAAGUGCUAAUAAAUGGAAAAAGCUACCUGCCAAAUAUACUAAACCUGAUCCAUAUCCCGUGGCUCUUAUCCACGGACAGUAUCAGAACUACUAUAGGAAAUUCACACCUGUUGAACUACGCCGUCUCCCGUUGGGUAGUGUAUUGGACGGCGAACACCUUUUUCCUGUUCAUCGUGAUCCAUCGCCCCCUCCAAUUAAUGUAUCUGAGAAAGACAUGCAAAAGUUCGAAAAAUUGCUAGCUAGUCAGCAAAAUACUAUUUCUGCUCCUUCACCAGGCCAAAUCAAAUUUGAAAUGAGCACUCCGCGUGUGGAGCCAUCGAGGAAAUCGAGUGGAGCUUCAUCGGUUCGAAGUAGUACUCAACGUACGGCAGUGAGAACAGUUGCCACAGGGCAGAUCAAAUGCAGUUCUUGUGGUGAAGCGCAGAAGGUCGGAGAAACGUUUAUAAGAUGCGUUUCUUGUCCAAUGCAAGCUCACGCCUCAUGCCUGGAAAUGAGCGAUGAGAUGGCAGCGUGCGUUGCUACAUACCCAUGGCAAUGCAUAGAGUGUAAACGUUGUUCUGUUUGCUCGCUUGGUGAUCAAGAGGAAUCAAUAAUUUUCUGUGACAAAUGCGAUCGUGGUUUCCACACUCACUGUAUAGGCCUUUCUGAGGCUCCUCAAGGCACAUGGGUUUGUCAGCACUAUUGUAACCAUCCAGAUAAUCUGACUGUAACACCGAGGCGACCUGCUCCUAGGAAGACUUCUGUAGUUGCUAUAUAA